AUGUCUGACGACGAGAGAAGACGGAAGAAGUCGCCCGAAGGUCGUUCAAGGAAGUCGAAGGGCAGCGACAGCUCCAGAGAGGCCGAGCGCACACAGCGUUCACCGAGAACAGACGCGCCGACUUCAGCGCAAGGUUCACAGGCCGAACGAUCACCCAGCACUGCUCGCGCUUCUUCGAGAUCGCCUUCAGGCUUCGACAGAUCGAGAUCGUCUUCCAAGUCUCCGAUGCGGGAAGUGGGCACCGCGGUGCUGGACGCUCUUAGGCGAACUCCGUCGCCUCGCCAGUUGUGUUGCGGCACAGCGUCUGAGGAACUGGAAACGAAGUCCACGAAGUCGAGCGUACGGCGUAGGACUCCGUCGCCGCCUGAUGCAUCCUCUUCGCCUCCUUAUUCGCCUGCACCUCGGGCGGUGCCAAAGAAGUCGUGCCUUCGCAAAGGAACCUUGUCCCCGCAACCGUCGUCUUCUGGUGACUCGUCGCAAAAGCCAGACAUGCCGCUAUCAAAGUCGCUCGGUGUUGAAACGCUACCCGAAGAUGAACCCAGUGCCAGCCGCGCCCGCAGCCCUCCCCGGGUCACGUUUAAAGACAUUAAGGAAGGCUUGAUGCCUCCCGAUGACACCCUCUUCCGAAUGUUCCGUUUCCGGGGAGAGGUUCACGAGCGCAUUCCCCUUUCCCAGGUCGCGGAAGAACCAUCAAUGGACCCAAACUUACCGCCUUACAGUGCCCCACCGGCGGCACAGUCUUUGCAAGGUGAAUCGACAGGUACAUCCAUCGUCGCCGAAGUGCAUUACACGCCGCCAACGCAUCCGACGGGAGGGGCCGAGCACCCCGUCCCGUCCGAUACAGAACAGACGGAAAUGAGUGAAGAGAGCGAGAAUGCAAACCGCAGCGAAGAACGGAAAGAGUGA